AUGGAUAUGCCAUCUCUCCUCGGAACCGAUAUCUGGAUUCAAAUGUUCACCAUCAGCAGUCUCUCAAUCCUCGUUUUGUUCCUCUAUUCCAUCACUUCCACCCUCUACAACCUCACCCUCCACCCACUCACCCCCAUCCCGGGUCCCCUCCUCUGGCGCGCCAACCGCCUCCCCUACAUCCUCUCUCUCCUCCGCGGCAACCUCGUCAUCGACAUCCGCAGCCUCCAUUCCCACUACGGCACCAUCGUGCGCACCGCCCCAGACGAAGUAUCCAUCGCGCACGAAGACGUCUGGCACGAUGUAUUCAGCACUGUCGGGGGCCACACGCCCUUCCCUCGCGAUCCGGUAUUUUUCAAAUCCCCCCUCCCCGGACAGGCGGAAAAUCUCAUCACGACGGUGGAUGCAGAGAUUAGCAUGCGUAUGCGCCAGAUAAUCGGACCGGCGUUUACGGAUCGCGCGGUGGCGAGACAGGAACCGGUUUGCAGAGUGAUGGCCCUCGCAGCCGUCACCCAAUAUUUCCCCGGUCUCGACUCGCUCAUCCUCAAACUGCUUCCCGCCAGCACGCGCAAAAUGCAAGAAGAUCACUUUGCGUACGCCGCGGAGAAAAUCUAUCGCCGUCUGCAGCGUCCCGAAUCGGCAGAAGGAGAUUUCAUGACGGUCAUGCUUGAUCCGAAGAACAAUCCCGAGUUUUCCAAAAUGAGCAUGCCUGAGAUCGAAAGCACAACUGCUCUCUUACUGCUCGGAGGGAGCGAGACGACGGGUACUACGAUUUGUGGAAUCCUCAACUGUUUAGUGCAAAAUCCGCAGGAGCUUGGGAAAUUGGAAGCGGAAGUUCGCACGAUUUUUGAAAAGGAAGAGGAUAUUACGCUGAGUGCUCUUCAGCAAUUACCAUUUCUGAACGCGGUAGUGAACGAAGGUUUACGAUUCUGCAAUCCCGUUUCGGGAGGACUUCUUCGGGUCGUUCCUCGUGGCGGCGCAACUGUUUGCGGAUACUUUCUCCCUGAAGGCGUGAGCAUUCUUGUCUUUUCUUGUCUCACCUUCCCUCACCCUCCCCAAACUCUCCAUCCAUAUCCAUCCAUCCAUCCAUACUAA